UGUUUCCACGAUCAUAAAAAUGACAUAUUUAUCCGUUAUAAUACCACUUGCUUUGGUAAACGUUUUUGUAGCUGCAGUAGAUCGAUACACUACGGAAGUUUUCAGAGCAAACCUACAUUUGAAGCAGGUGGAUGGUCAAUUGCCGGCAGUGAUUAAAGACAUUGUUAUCGAAGAUUUUCUGAUAAAGGAUGUAAGUUUUAUGUUAGCAUCACCAGAUAACGAAGAAGAAAACGUAGACUUAAAUUAUGAUAAAAUUGUGUACCAGAUUUUUUUGCAAGAUAUGAUAACUCGUUCAACGGGUAUACCUGCGAUAACUGUGUUAAACGACGAUAUGAAAAACCAAUUAGAAGAAACUAAUCUGAGAGAUUUGGCAAUAGCAAGACGAAAAUUAAUUAUUGAACCUGUAAAACAUUUAAUCCGUUUAAUAAUAAGAAGACAAUUUAGAGAGGAGUUUGCAAACUUUGUCGAUGUGUGUCGUUUAAUAGCAGUGUUAAAAGCUAUUGAACACCCAACUUCAGCCGUAGAAAUGUCUGAAUUCUGUGAAGAAACUAACAGAAGAUGUAUUAUAGCUCAUUUCGACCGUAGAGCAUACUAUUAUAAAACAAUUGAGAACGAGAUUUGGGAAGUCGAUGAAGAAGAAAAUCAACCUAAUCAACUUUAUCUACUCGCUGAUCAAGUAAACUAAAAGUGACCAGAAGUUAUAAGGAUAACUUAUUUUAUGGUACUAUAUUAUUGUUAUGCAUGAAUCAUUUUUGCACAUCUUUUAAUAUCAAGUAAAACAAAAUUAACCAGAAUAUAUAAGGACAACUUAUUUUAGGGUACUAUAUUAUUGUUAUAUUUUUAAACCAUUUUUGCACAUCUUCUAAUAUAAAAAUUGUCAAUAAACGUAAUGUAUUAAAAAUAAACAGUUUUAA